AAACAUGGUAAUUAGGGUGCAUCAGUAAACACCCAAGCCAUAGAAUUUCCCAAGUAAUGAACACACAGCAUUUUCAAGUCUCCUCCUCUAAUCCAUCAAUUUCCAAAGUGAACUUAUCCAUUCCAUGGAGACCUCAACACCACCACCAAACUACAACCGAUUACAAGCCCUUAAAGCCUUCGACGAAUCCAAAGCCGGUGUCAAAGGCCUAGUCGACCGAGCCAUCACACAGAUCCCCAGAAUAUUCGUCCGACCCGCCGACGAACUCACCGGCGAUCAUCCCAUCUCCGACGAAGUCCCAAUUCCGGUCAUAGACCUCGGCGGCGGCGCCUCGCUCGGCCGGUCGUCGGUGGUGGAGGAGGUCCGGGGGGCAGCAGAGAGUGUGGGGCUUUUCCAGGUGGUGAAUCAUGGGAUACCGGCGGGGGUGGUGGAUGGGAUGUUGGCGGCGGCGCUUGGGUUUCAUGAGAUGGAGGAGGAUGAGAAGAGGAAGUUGUACGUGAGGGGGUCAGAUAAGAGAGUGAGGUUUGGGAGUAAUUUUGAUUUGUAUGAAUCGAGGUUUGCUAAUUGGAGAGAUACUCUGUUUUUUCUUAUGGGUCCUGACCCGCUCGACCCGCUCGAGUUGCCUCAGAUUUGCAGAGAUGCAACAUUGGAGUAUUCAAAGCAAGUAAAGAGAUUAGGGACUACCAUAUUUGAAUUGCUAUCAGAGGCACUGGGGCUCCAACCCGACUACCUCCUCGAAAUGGAUUGUGCAAAGGGGCAUGCCAUUCUGAGUCAUUACUACCCGGCAUGUCCAGAGCCCGAGCUGACCAUGGGCACCAGCAGACAUUCGGAUCCUGAUUUUCUAACUAUCCUACUUCAAGAUUCUAUUGGGGGACUCCAAAUACUUCACCAAAACAAAUGGGUUAAUGUUCCUCCAGUCCCUGGAGCUUUGGUUGUCAACAUUGGUGAUCUCUUACAGCUUAUGUCCAACGACAAAUUCAAAAGCGUAGAACACAGAGUGUUGGCAAACCAUGAGGGGCCAAGACUAUCCGUGGCAUGCUUUUUCAAUCUACAUAAUUAUGCAUCAACAAGGAUGUAUGGCCCCAUCAAGGACUUGUUGUCAGAAGAUAAUCCCCCUAUAUACAAGGAAAUCACAUUUAAAGAAUUUGCUGAUCACUACAAUUCAAAAGGACUUGAUGGGAAAUCUUCUUUAACAAAGUUCAAAUUAUGAUGAGGUUGGUUAUUUCAAUUUCAUAGGACAUUUGGCUAGAGCUAAUGCUAUGAUUCUGUAGUAAGCUAUAAUCAUUUCUUUUUUUGUUUUGUUUUUGUUUUUGAAAAUAAGUAAGAAACGCAUGUACUCUUGUCUCUAUCAAGACUUAAAUCCUAUGCCGUUAUGUGUCUUGUAUUGAACUCGAGUUUGUAUUGACAUCUGCAAAUAUAAUAUAUAGUUCAAACUAGAUAUAAACAAUUCUAUA